AUGCCCGAACGUAGCAAGUAUCAAGAACGGAUCAUCAAAAACUAUUACAACAACCAGGACGGCAUUUUACUGCAGCGGUUGAGCGAUUUGGUGAGCGACCUGUACCUCUCUGAGGGGAAAGCGAAGGCACGCAUCUGGGAUCGGGCGUUCACCGCCUUGGAGAAGCUGAAGGUGCCGGCCUCGCGGAUCGAGCACUUGAAGAAAAAGGAUGAUCCGGCGUUGCUGGCGAAGAUGGUCGAAGAACUGCUGGCGAAGGCGCUUAGCGACGUCUCGUUGUCGUUAGCGCCGGGAACCAUCGGCCUGGUCGGCAACAACGGGGCCGGCAAGUCGACGCUGCUGAAGAUUCUCUUGGGCCUGCUCGAGCCCGACGAAGGUGAAGGCACCAUUCUGGGUUACGACGUGCGUAGCCCGAGCAAUGCCCUGCGAGGCAGCGUGGGUUACAUGCCCGAGUCGGCCGCGACGGUGCCGGUGCUGAAGGGUGUGGAGUUCGUCACGCUCUCGGGCGACUUGUACGGCAUGCCGCACGGCGAUGCGCGUCGCCGGGCGCACGAAGUGCUCGACUAUGUGGGGCUGGGUGAACUGCGUUACCGGCGGCUCGAGGAGUACUCGGCUGGAAACAUUCAACGGCUGAAGCUGGCCGCCGCGCUGGUGCACGACCCGCAAUUGUUGCUGCUGGAUGAGCCGACUAACGGUCUCGAUCCGGCAGGUCGGGUGGGCAUGUUGCGGUUGAUUGAAGACCUGAUCGCCGAGACCGAUAAGAGCGUGAUUCUGUGCACGCACCUGUUGGGCGACGUGGAGCAGCUUUGUCAGCAGGUGGUUGUGCUGCACCGCGGGACGGUGAUCAGUUCUGGCUCGAUGGCCGAACUGAAGCGGCAGACAGGGAACCGCUUUGAGAUUGCCUGGCAGGGUGAGAGCGGCGGGUUCUUGGAUGCCCUGCGUCACGGUGGGGCGGAGAUCAACCUGACGAACACGCCGAAUCACGCCCGGGUGGAUGUGCCGAAUGAGUGGUCGACCACACGGUUCUUCGAGCUGGCGGCCACCCAUCAUGUGGUGCUGACGCAAAUCGCGCCCGAGGAAGAGAACCUGGAGAAGCUGUUCUUCCGGGUGACCGACGAAGCCACCACGCCGGCAGCGCCGUUGCCCGAGCCCACGGCCGAGGAGCAGUCGCAUGGGAAUUGA